CACCAGAGUUAUCACCCAUGCCCUCCUAAAAGGGCGUCUCAAAGCACAUCUUGCUGUAGAGCGGAAUUCAGGACCCAGAAGACGAGGGCUCAAAUUGAAUCUCACAGGAUUUGUGUACAAGAGAAACUAAAGGAAUGGAUUGGCUCUUCUUCAGAAACAUUUGCCUUUUGAUCAUUCUAAUGGUGGUGAUGGAAGUAAACAGUGAAUUUAUUGUUGAGGUGAAGGAAUUAGACAUUGAAAAUGGCACUACAAAAUGGCAAACAGUCAGAAGACAAAAGCGGGAGUGGAUCAAGUUUGCCGCAGCCUGUCGAGAAGGAGAGGACAACUCGAAGAGGAAUCCCAUCGCCAAAAUUCGAUCAGACUGUGAAUUGAACCAGAAGAUUACAUACCGAAUUUCUGGGGUAGGGAUUGAUCGACCACCAUAUGGGAUAUUCACCAUUAACCCUCGCACUGGGGAAAUUAACAUCACUUCAGUGGUAGACAGAGAGAUAACUCCACUUUUCUUGAUCUAUUGCCAGGCUCUGAAUUCACGGGGUGAAGACUUAGAAAGGCCUCUUGAGCUUAGAGUCAAAGUUAUGGACAUAAACGAUAAUGCACCAGUCUUUUCACAAAGUGUGUACACAGCCAGUAUUGAAGAAAAUAGUGACGCCAAUGCACUGGUAGUAAAGUUAAGUGCCACAGAUGCAGACGAAGAAAAUCAUCUGAAUUCCAAAAUUGCCUACAAGAUUGUCUCUCAGGAGCCUGCAGGUGCACCCAUGUUCAUUCUGAACAGGUACACUGGAGAAGUCCGCACGAUGUCCAGUUUCUUGGACAGAGAGCAACACAGUACGUACAACCUAGUUGUGAGAGGCUCAGAUCGGGAUGGAGCUGCAGAUGGACUGUCUUCUGAGUGUGACUGUAGAAUCCAGGUUUUAGAUGUCAACGAUAAUUUCCCCACCUUAGAGAAAACAUCAUACUCAGCAAGUAUUGAAGAGAAUUGCUUAAGUCCAGAACUGAUAAGAUUACAAGCAAUUGAUCUUGAUGAAGAAGGCACCGAUAAUUGGUUGGCAAAAUAUUUAAUUCUCUCUGGAAAUGAUGGGAAUUGGUUCGAUAUUCAAACAGACCCAAAAACCAAUGAAGGCAUUUUGAAGGUUGUCAAGAUGCUGGAUUAUGAACAAGCACCUGCUAUUCAGCUUGGCAUCGGAGUUAAAAACCAAGCUGAUUUUCACUACUCCGUUGCUUCUCAAUUCCGAAUGCACUCAACCCCUGUGAGAAUUCAGGUUAUUAAUGUGAGAGAAGGACCCACAUUUCAUCCAAGUUCUAUGGCUUUUAGUGUGCGGGAAGGAACAAAAGGAAGCUCCUUAUUGAAUUACGUGCUUGGCACAUAUACAGCCAUAGAUUUGGACACAGGAAACCCUGCAAAAAAUGUCAGAUAUAUCAUAGGGCAUGAUGCAGGCAGCUGGUUAAAAGUUGAUUCAAGAACUGGUGAGAUACAAUUUUCUAGGGAAUUUGAUAAGAAGUCAAAAUAUAUUAUCAAUGGAAUAUACACAGCAGAGAUCCUGGCUAUAGAUGAUGGCUUUGGAAAAACAGCUACAGGAACCAUAUGUAUUGAGGUUCCUGAUGUCAACGAUUACUGUCCAGACAUUAUUCCUGAAAGAAGAGCCAUCUGCAUUGACUCUCCCUCAGUCCUUAUCUCUGUUAAUGAACAUUCUUAUGGGGCUCCUUUUACUUUCUGUGUUGUUGAUCAGCCACCAGGAACAGCUGACAUGUGGGAUGUCAGAUCAACAAAUGCUACUUCAGCAAUCCUUACGGCUAAGCAGUUUUUAUCUCCAGAAUAUUACCAAAUCCCAAUCCUAGUGAAGGACAGCUAUAACAGAGCAUGUGAAUCAGCACAGAUCGUGCAGUUGUAUGCCUGCGAUUGCGAUGACAACCACAUGUGCCUGGACUCUAGUACUGCAGGCAUCUACACAGAUGACAUAACUGGUGACACGUAUGGGCCUGUCACUGAAGACCAAGCUGGAGUUUCAAAUGUUGGUCUCGGACCAGCAGGGAUCGGCAUGAUGGUUCUGGGCAUCCUGCUACUGCUUUCGGCUCCACUCUUGCUGCUCCUUUGUUGCUGCAAGCGGAGACAGCCAGAAGGCCUGGGGACAAGGUUUGCUCCUGUGCCUGAGGGCGGAGAAGGAGUGAUGCAGUCUUGGGGAAUUGAAGGGGCCCAUCCCGAGGACAGGGAUGUGUCAAAUAUAUGUGCACCCAUGACAGCCUCAAAUACCCAGGAUCGUAUGGAUUCCUCUGAAAUCUACACAAACACUUAUGCAGCCGGGGGUACGGUGGAAGGGGGUGUAUCAGGAGUGGAACUCAACACAGGGCUGGGGACAGCUGCUGGCCUCGUCGCCGGAGGGGCCGCAGGGGCCACGAGGAAGAGGAGUUUUACCGUGGGAACCCUCAGGGACUACGCCGACUCCGACGUCAACAUGGCUUUCUUGGACAGCUACUUCUCGGAGAAAGCAUAUGCUUAUGCAGAUGAGGAUGAAGGUCGACCAGCCAAUGACUGCUUGCUCAUUUACGACCAUGAGGGAGUAGGGUCUCCCGUGGGCUCUAUUGGUUGCUGCAGUUGGAUUGUGGAUGACUUAGACGAAAGCUGCAUGGAAACUUUAGAUCCAAAAUUUAGGACUCUUGCUGAAAUCUGCUUAGACACAGAAAUCGAACCAUUUCCUUCGCACCAGGCCUGUAUACCAAUCAGUACUGACCUCCCUUUGCUCGGACCGCAUUACUUUGUUAGUGAAUCUUCAGGAUUGACUCCCUCAGAGGCUGAAUUCCAAGAAGAAAUGGCAGCAUCUGAACCUGUGAUUCAUGGGGAUAUUAUUGUGACUGAGACUUAUGGUGCUGCUGAUCAAUGUGUGCAACCCACUACAAUUAUUUUUGAUCCUCAGCUUGCGCCCAAUGUUGUAGUAACAGAAACAUUAAUGGCACCUGUCUAUGAUAUUCAAGGGAAUAUUUGUGUACCUGCUGAGUUGGCAGAUUACAACAAUGUCAUCUAUGCUGAGAGAGUACUGGCUAGUCCUGGUGUGCCUGACAUGAGCAAUAGUAGCACAACUGAUGGUUGUAUGGGACCUGUGAUGAGUGGCAGUGUUUUAGUAGGGCCAGAAAUUCAAGUGAUGCAAAUGAUGAGUCCAGACAUUCCCAUAAGCCAAACCAUUGGUUCCACAUCCCCAAUGACACCUCGACACAGAGUUACACGAUACAGUAACAUACAUUACACCCAACAGUAAGUGCUUUAUGAUCAGAAUUCUAUAUGGGGCCCUUGCAUCUUGCAAUCACCAAUGCAUCCGCCAAAGAUAUAUAAGGUACCAUAUAUAUUGACAGUCAACAAAUAUUCACAUAUUCUAAGGUCAAUGUCAUUAUCUGAUUAUAACAUUUUGAAGGUGAAUAUGGCUAAGCACUUUAGAUAAGCCUUUUUUUAAAUUCUUUCUGAUUUUAAAUAAUGCGUCAGAAAUUGUACAGAAAAUGUAUUGCAUCCUUUGAUACUGUCUAAUGAAUAGCACAUAACUCAUAUUGUAAAUCCUAUCGGUUCUGAGGCCUGUAGCACCCAUCUUGCAAACCAAGAUGCCUUGUUCUUGGAAGUUGCAAAAGAAGGCUUGUCUACAUCCACCAGCCAUACUUUUUAGAGAAAUAUUUAUAUUAAAAUGUUUAGUUGAAACAUUGUAUGAAAUGUACAUUACUGAAAGGAAAUUGAAAAGGAAUGUAGAGUAUCUGUCAGUAUCUUCAGAUGUCUGAAGUCAUUUGUCUCUUCAAAAGAUUUUUCAAGAUAAUGCUCUAUUAAGCAAUAGGCAUGUUUAAAUUAAUUUUAAAAAAGAGUUUGCAAACUGAAAGCAUCACUGGAAAUGGUUCAUCAAUGAAAAAAAUAUAUUUUUAUUGAUUUAUAUGAUUAGCUGUAAAUUAAUGUAGAAUAGCAAAAAAAAAAAAAACUUAUGACAAUCCUAAAGUAGAAAGAGUUAUUAGGGGGAAAAUUAGAGUUUUUUCCACUUACAGGGAAUUUUUUUCCUACUGUUGUCAAUUAUGUCAGAAAAAUACAUGAAAUAUGGCUUAAUCAAUUUCAUUGAUCUGAAUCAUAAAACUUUCAAUUGGCAACCAGAUAUUCUCCAAAAGCACUCUGUUAUUAUUCAUAUAUUCAGCAAUGUUUACUUAAAAGCAGCUAGGUGUUGAGUGCUAGUCUUGGCUCUGUGAAUAUACAGGUGAAGAAGACAGACAUGGUUUCUGCCUUCGUAGAGCUUCUGUUCAUUUCUAGGCUUAAAAUAAAACUCUGGGAUAUGUCUUUAAGUUCCUAACAAGAGUAAUUAACAAACUAUUUAAGUCCAUUACCAACUUGUGUUCCUCUUUGCAACACUACUGUUUUUUUGUUU